UUCGUCGUAGUGAGUUUCUAAUAAAAAAACUUGUCAAAUAAAUGUCAAAGUCACACAUGAAUUCCAGCCAUGAAAUUAUUUCUCCUGAUUACAACAAUGCUCACGAAUAUAAUUACUAUGAUAUUUUUAACGUACAAUUUAGCAGAGCCGCUGAUCCUCAAUUUUUUGAUAAUGGGUUUACAACUACUUUUCUUAGGAUUAUUUUUGUACUUAUAUCGCGAAUAGGAUUUAUACUUAUACAACUAGGAAGUAUACCAGUGGAAAAUGUCUACAGAAUAAUAUUCUACAACUUCUUUGAAAUAGCCAAUGUUAUUCUGUCAUAUAUUCUGAUUGGAUUUGUUUUUUCAUUCGGAAGACUGAGCCUUAAGGGAUGGAUAGGUUAUUCAAGCAGUUUUUCGAAUAGUUUGGAUGAGGCCGGUGUUGGUAUUUCAGCUUGCUUGAUUGGAACCGCGCAAAUAUCAAGUUUUCUGGUAGGACGAAUCCACCUGAUGGCUUCUAUCAUAACAACUUUUUUAUAUUGUGCUUUCUACGAACCUUUACUUCUGCACUGGAUCUGGAACGAAAAUGGAUGGAUGAAUAAGUGGGUCCUGUUGGGAAAAAGGGUCUCGUUGAAAGAUCACGCUGGCGAUUUGGUUGUUCAUUUGUCUAGCAGUAUAAUUGGAUUGAUAGGAGCUUUGUUUCUGGGCAGGAGAUUAAUUAAACUGAAAGAUAUCGAUGAACAUUCUUUGGGACGAGAACAUUCCGGAAACACGAUCGUCGGCUAUGUUUUCAUUAUUUUUGGUUACAUUGCAUUUAGUUUACCCACCCCAUCGUACUUGUCAUUGAGAGUACCUUUCAACUACACCGGAAUGAUCGUUAUAAACAAUAUUGUUGCUCUAGCUGUGGGAAUCUUGAUAAUCAGCGUGCUGCACCUGCUCAUCUUCAGAAAAAUCUUUAGCUACUGGAUAAUACUCAGAUGCAUCCAGGGUGGUAUUGCUGGAAUAAUCUCGGUGGCUGCAGGAGUGGAUAUAUUUAGCCCAUUCGAAUGUCUCGCAAUAGCUGCGGUAUCUUCGUUUUUCUUUUUCUUCUUCUCUAUACUAAUACAUAAUACUGCCCUGGAGGAUUACUGCAACCUAACGGCUUCCCAUUUAGUCUGUUCAUUUUUGGGAAUCUUGGCAUGUCCCCUUUUAGCCCAUAAGGAAAAUUUUGGCGUUUCUGCAAGAAAAUUCCACAUUUUGUGGCAGUUCAUUUGUGUAAUAAUUGUGAUAUCUAUCACAAUUACAUUUGCAUGGCUCCUAUUCCUUUUCUUUUCACUCACUAAGAUUUUGAGGAGCAAAAGAGAGGCGAUGAACCAUCAAAGAGCCGUUGUGGUACAAAAAUAUUUGCCGAAGAGGGGAUUUAUGGAAAGACUUUUCAUGAUCGACAGUCAAACCCAACAUAUCGCUCCCGGAGACAAAAAUAGACAAAGUUUUUUAGAACAUGAUGUUCUGAAGAAAGAAGUCCAACCAAAAAUUGAACAAAAAAAAGAAAACAUAAGAAAUUUUGAAAGAACGACGUUUCGGAAUGUUGUUAUUGAUCCUAUCAAGAAUUUUCCUUUAGAACCAAAAAUUGACAACUUUGGUAAUCAGAAUGAGGACAUCAGUAUCAAACAAAAUCAGUAUAAUAUAAAACGUUCAUAUAAAAUUCCCUUAGGUACCUUGAAAGAAAAUUUAAUUCAAGAUGUUUCCUCUCCUUCCAACUGAGUUGACUUUGUGUUUUGUUUCUUAAUUUAUGGAAUAUUUAUGCAUUCAUGUUGAAUUGAAAUAGUCUUUUGACCUCAAAUAUCGACGAGAUACCUGGAAAAACUGAAAUGACAAUUAAACUUUGAAAUGCU